AUGGCGGUACCUGAUCGGCUAAAUGACGACUUAACUGAAAAUAUGUAUGUUGACAAUAACAAUGAGAAUAACGAGGAAGGUGAUGAUGAACCGAUGGACUGUAAAAAUGAUGUCACUUACGAAGAUGAAAUUCUUAAUCUUCUAAUGGAGGAUGAGGAUGGGGAUGAGAGCGAUGAAAGCCAUGACGAUGAAAGCGAUGACGAUGACGAUGAAAGCGAUGACGAUGACGAUGAUGAUGAAAGCGAUGACGAUGACGAUGACGAUGAAAGCGAUGACGAUGACGAUGAAAGCGAUGACGAUGACGAUGACGAUGACGAUGACGAUGACGAUGACGAUGACGAUCACGAUGACGACGACGACGACGAGUUUGAUCCUGUAAAUCCUGAUUUUGAUAAAAUCCCGGCAAUCCCUGGCGCUAUUCUUAGAAGUAACGCUGGUGCACUCCGCCUUGCAUUAGAUAAUUUUAAAGGAAAUAUAAAUGAACCCUUCAUAUUUGGAGUACAAACUCCUCUCCACUAUGUAUUUGCAAAUGUAUCAUGUUUUAAGGUACUUUUAGAAUAUGGUGCUAAUAUAGAGGCUAGAAAUAGUCUUGGACUAACUGUUCUACAAUGGGCUUGUUUUUCAGGUGUAACAGCAUUACAUAUAGCGGCAAAUACUACAAGGUCUAAAAAGUUUGAGAUUGUGAAAUUAUUGUUAAAAAAAGGUGCUAAUACUCCAGGUCUCGUGAAAAGAAUGAUAAAAUCAGUUGAUAUUAAUGGUGAAACAGUCCCACAUCUGCAGCAUGCUAAAGUUAACUACAAAGUUAUGACUCUAUUGGAAAAAAUCGACUACUAG